UUCCUUCCGGGACACUGGCAGCGAGGCAGUUCUUUCCCGGUAAUUUAACCGAAAACAUCAAGGGUAAUUCGGUCAAGAAGCACCAAAAUAUCUCCCUCUCAAUGUAGUCCCACUCUCCGACUCUCCCACUCCAGAUAAAAACCGAAGUAUGCGAAGCUUAUUCGGAGCUACCCAAACUCUGAGCAAAUCGUCCGCUUUCUUCUUCCUCAACUCAAAUUCGAAGCUCUCUCUGUGCAAAGCCUCCAAAUCCCCUCUCCUUCUCCGAACAUUCGCGAUCAUGGCCAGGGCCGAUGAGUUCGUCAAGGGUAGCGUUCACCCAAACGGCGUCGCUGUCAUCACCCUCGAUCGCCCCAGAGCUCUCAACGCCAUGAACAUAGAUAUGGAUGUUAAAUACAAAAGUUAUCUGGAUGAAUGGGAAUCAGACCCAAAUGUGAAGUGCGUUUUGGUUGAUAGCAGCUCAGCUCGUGCGUUUUGUGCGGGAAUGGAUAUUAAAGGGGUUGUUGCUGAAAUCCAAAAGGACAAAAACGGUGAUGUGAAGCAGAUCACAACCAAAAACCAACUCCCGGAUAUGAUUGAGGUAUUCACUGCUGAGUAUUCUCUGAUAUGCAAAAUCUCUGAGUACAAGAAGCCCUAUGUAAGUUUCAUGGAUGGCAUUACAAUGGGAUUUGGAAUUGGCCUAUCAGGUCAUGGUCGCUACCGGAUCAUUACAGAGAGGACUCUUCUUGCUAUGCCUGAAAAUGGAAUUGGUUUGUUCCCAGAUGUUGGGUUUUCACAUAUAGCGGCUAAGAGUCCAGGAGGAGGAUCUGUUGGUGUUUAUCUUGGACUGACUGGGAAAAGGAUUUCAACACCAUCGGAUGCACUAUAUGUAGGCCUCGGGACACAUUUUGUGCCAUCUCAAAACUUAGGUUUACUAAAGGAGGCUCUUUUGUCAACCAACUUUUCCCAAGAUCCACAUCAGGAUAUUGAAACAACUUUGGGGAAAUUCAGUGGCAACCCUGAUUCUGAAGCCCAAUUAAGGUUGCUUUUGCCUCAAAUAACUUCAGCAUUUGGUGCAAAUAAGUCAGUUCUUGAGACAAUUGAUGAACUUAAAAAGCAUCAACAUAGUUCAGAUGCUACUGUGGUGGAGUGGGCUAAUGAAGCUCUUCAAGGUCUUGGAAAGGGUGCUCCCUUUUCACUUUACUUGACACAAAAGUAUUUCUCCAGAGUCGCAUCUGCACUGGGGAAAAAUGACAAUCAAUUAUCCACAUUAACUGGUGUGAUGAAAACUGAAUAUCGCAUCGCCUUAAGAUCGUCUUUGAGGAAUGACUUUGCCGAAGGUGUGCGGGCAGUUUUGGUGGACAAGGACCAGAAUCCGAAGUGGAACCCGUCAAAGUUAGAGGAGGUUAAUGAGAGUGAAGUGGAAGCUCUGUUCGAACCAUUGAGCCCAAACGUUGGGGAGUUGAGUGUGUGACUGACUGGCAUGUGAAAACGACCUAUCUUCAUCUUGUGUUACCCAAAGCAAAAUAAAAUUUGUAGAAAAAAUUCCUAUCAUAGCUUCAGCAGUAACAUUAGACCGACGGGUUGUCUUGUUGGAUGCCAUUGAGUGGAAAGUAAGUCAAUAAACCAUUUUCCACUUGGACGCUUUUUAUGUAUUUUGUACUGCCGUCUCAUAAAUAAAUAAAAAAGACCCAUUUGUGUGAUUAA